UGUGACACAUUGGACUGCUCAAUGGAGACGACUACGAUACUCACCACGACAAACAGCCAAGGAAAAAGAAUUCUUCAAGAGCAUUCCGAACCCAACGUAACAAGUCUUCUGAAUGCGUCCGCUCCCUUCCACCAUCACAUGAACAAUGCGGUGCUGGGCAUUCUGCUUGGCACACUGUCCCUUCUGACGGUUAUCAUGAACCUGCUGGUUCUUUUUGCCGUUAGAAAGGAACGGACUUUACACACGGUAGGGAACCUCUACAUCGUCAGCCUCUCGAUAGCGGACCUCAUUGUCGGGGCUACAGUCAUGCCCUUGAAUCUGGUCUACCUUCUUGAGGACGAGUGGAAACUGGGUCAUGUCAUUUGCCAGUUCUGGCUGGUCAUGGACUAUGUGGCGAGCACGGCCUCCAUUUUCAGCUUGUUCAUCCUUUGCUUGGACAGGUACCGCUCCGUACGCCACCCCUUACAGUACUUGAAGUAUCGGACACGGGGAAGAGCGACGCUGCUGAUUUGUAGCGCGUGGCUUCUCUCCAUGACUUGGAUCAUUCCCAUCCUGGGCUGGCGGAUGUUUGCUCAGGUCGACAGGAAACCAGAGCUGGAGAACCAGUGCGACACGGAUUUCCGCUUUGUGACCUGGUUCAAAGUUCUGACAGCCAUCCUCAACUUCUACAUUCCUUCCUUUCUGAUGCUUCUGUUCUACUCGCAGAUUUUCAUCGCAGUCCGCGAUCAUUACAGAGAGUGGGAGAACUUUGCUGGUCCGAAGGUGAAAACAGAAGCAGAUGACACAUUACAUAAUGGAAUGCAACUGCAGAUAACCAAAGCCUCGGAGAGAGAGAGUCUGGCUUCACAAGCGUAUUCUCAAAACGAGGGCCUACUGGAUCAGUACAGCUUGGAGCAGCCUUACAACUCGAGGGACAAUAACGAGGACACUACCGAUUCCUUGUCUGAGCCAAAGAGGAAGAGUUGCUACAAGAAGAAACCAAUGUUCAGGCUUUCGAAACGCACGAGAAAGAGCGUGCAAGACUCCAACGAGAUUUCGUUUCAGAGCGACGAUGGGGAAACCAUUGCUGAAGGCCCGCCAUCAUUAUCUCUUGCCUUUCUGCAGAAUAACCCUCAGCCCAAAACGUGCAUAAAUGUGAACAACUGUAAUGUGUUAGUGCCAAACUCUGUUGGCAAAAUGUGCGAGAGUGCACCGACUGUGCAUGUCGAUAAUUACACCACGGUUCUCUGCAAUCACAGCACACCACCGUCACCGCCGUCGCCAUGGGCUGAGAACAGCCCUCCGCUGGACGCCACCAAUGCACACCCCGUCAAACAGACAUGGCUAAAGCUCUGUGAACAGUCCAAGCAGAGCAUCCACAGCAUGCGUAUCCGAAAGGAGCGGAAAGCCGCCAGGCAGCUUGGCUUCAUCAUUGGCGUCUUUAUGGUGUGCUGGAUCCCGUACUUCAUCACCUUCAUGGUCACGGCCUUGUGUGAGACCUGUGUGCAUCAUGACCUUCAUAUGUUCACAAUUUGGCUAGGGUACAUCAACUCCACCCUGAAUCCCUUCAUAUACCCACUGUGCAAUGAAAACUUCAAAAGGGUGUUCAAAAAGAUAUUUCAUAUUAAUAGAUAAAGUUUAGGAGAAA